AUGCCGCUGGCGCUUAAUGCCCUUGAGGGGGCCCCAAUUAAAGAAGAGCUAAGCAAAGUUAUGCUGAAUAAUGGCAGACACUUGCAAGCUGGAUCAGAUAAAGUUGAAAAGCCGGCGACUUCCAAUCUAACUGAGGCUUCCCAAGCCGCCAGAAGUUAUGCUGCCUCGGAGACAGAGCUUAGGCCUCAUGAGUACAGUUACUGUGUCGUCUCCUGUCUCGUGGCCUUCUGCUUAAAUUGCCCACUUGGCGCAAUCGCACUGGCGCUCAGCGCACACGCUCAUCAGCUCCUUUUGAUGCCUGAUCCCAGACAGUCGUUCAACCAUUUCUCCAGCAGGUUAGAUGCUCAACUCGGCUAUCCACCCGAGCAAAUUGGUACCAUUCGAUCAAAUGGCGCUACAAAGACCAACAACCCUUUUUACCAGCAAAGAUGGAUGAAAGCAUUCGAUUCUGCCCCUAACCACCUCGUGAGUGAGGCUGACGAUGCAAACGAGAAUGAAGAUGAGGCAGCUAAAAGACAGUCGCAAACGGAAGAAUUGCCCGAACGGACUAGGCUGAAGAGAGGCGAGAUUUCUGCAAUUUACACAAACGAUUCGCAUCUCAAAUGCUCCACUCUCUUGCCCUCGACCCGAGGUCUGAAGACAAUGGACAAUGCGCCAAUCAAUCCGAGUGUCUCCGAAGGUGUGAUGGGUCUCCAGGCGACUGGUACAGACCAACUGGACGGACUGGACUGUCUGGUUGGCUUUGAAGCCGCAAAUCUUGACGAUCUCGAGGCAGCUGUUCGUCGCUAUGAGGCCCGCCAGAAGUUGGCCCGGCGACUGGGCCGAGUUGCCAUGGUGCUAAAUGUGGUGGGCAUUUGUGUGACAAUGUUCAGCCUGAUUAUCGUCUUUUUUCUGCUCAGCCAAGUGGGUGGUGACGACGACUCGGCUGGUGCCAACCAGGCUGUGGUGACUGGCCAACGGGACAAACUGAACAGAGUAACUUGCAGUUCUUCUAAGCAUGAACAGAUCUUCGAAGAGGCGGCAUGGAGAAAGAAGGAGUAG